AUGGUUCUCGCCAAAUCCAAAAAUUCCGUCGGGUUGGGAAAUACCCUGAUGAAAGACCGAUUCGGCAAAGGAAAGGCAUCAAACCAGAAGAAAGUCUCGCACAAUAAUGCUAUCACCCGUACCGGACAGAAUGGCGAGACCUAUGUCACCAACGCCGCGAAGGAAGCGGCGUGGGUGAAGAUGCGCAGUAUCACGGAGCAGGCCGCCCUCGAUGAAUUCCUCAGCACUGCCGAGCUGGCCGGCACCGACUUCACCGCGGAGAAGAUGAGCAAUAUCAAGAUCAUUCACUCGGACCAGAAGAACCCGUUCCUUCUUUCUGCCUCGGAGGAGAAGUCGGUUAUGAAGAAGCAUCAGGCGAACAAGGGACGGUUGAGCGUGCCUCGGCGGCCGAAGUGGGACUCGUCGACGACGAGAAAUCAGCUGGAGUUGAUGGAGAGGGAGAGCUUCCUGGAAUGGCGCAGAGGCCUCGCGGAAUUGCAAGAGAACAACGAUCUUCUGAUGACACCGUUCGAGCGGAACUUGGAGGUUUGGAGGCAGUUGUGGCGUGUCAUUGAGCGUUCGGACCUCGUUGUGCAGAUUGUCGAUGCUCGAAACCCGUUGAUGUUCCGAUCGGAGGAUCUCGAAAACUACGUGAAGGAGAUCAAUCCCAAGAAACAGAACCUUCUGCUUGUCAACAAGGCCGAUAUGCUUACUGAAAGACAACGAGAGAUGUGGGCGGACUAUUUUGAUCGCAACAACAUCAGCUUCCGAUUCUUCUCGGCCCACCUGGCCAAGGAGGAGAACGAGGCCCGGCUCCUGGACGAAUCGGAUAGUGAGAGCGAAGAUGAGUAUAGCGAUGACCUGGCUGACGCGACCCAGUCGAUGAAUCUCAAAGACAAGCAGGAUGCAAAGGACACGCCGGCCGAAGGUGCCGGGCAAUCCGAGCACGAUGGGGGUCUAGAGCUUCCUGAGCCGAGGAAAACAAAGAGAACGGAUAUCCUUAACGUGGAGGAGCUGGAAGACCUCUUCCUGUCCAGCGCGCCGGCCCCUCUGCCGGACAGCGACACGCCCGAAGGGCAGCGGAAGCAGAAGACGACCAUCGGUCUCGUUGGUUACCCUAACGUUGGAAAGUCCAGUACCAUCAACGCUAUCCUCGGCGCCAAGAAGGUGUCUGUGUCCGCCACGCCCGGAAAGACAAAGCACUUCCAGACCCUGUACCUCUCGCCCGAGAUCAUGCUCUGCGAUUGUCCCGGUCUGGUGUUCCCCAACUUCGCUACGACCAAGGCUGAGCUGGUGGUGAACGGCGUCCUGCCCAUCGACCAGCAGCGCGAGUUCACAGGCCCCGCGGGCUUAGUCGCGCACCGUGUGCCCAAGCACUUCCUCGAGGACGUCUACGGAGUCAAGAUCAAUAUCCGGCCGCUGGAAGAAGGCGGCACCGGCAUCCCCACCGCGCACGAACUCCUCCGAUCCUACGCCAGAGCGCGCGGCUUCGCAACCCAGGGCCAAGGCCAACCGGACGAGUCCCGCGCCGCUCGCUACAUCCUCAAGGACUAUGUCAACGGCAAACUUCUCUUCUGCCACCCGCCCCCGGUCCCCGAAGGCGAGGACCCGAUCGAUUCCUACGACUACAACCGCGAGCUCUACGACAUCGCCCACCUCCCACCCCGCCGCCAGGCCAUCCUCGCCAGGACCGCGCAGUCGCAGUCCGACGCAGCAGCGGCCGGCGAGGACUUCGAUGACGACGCGGAACUCCUCUCUCUUGCGUCCGCCAGCCAGGGCCAGCCCGUGCAGGGCGCGCGCUCACGGAACCUCGACACGGGCUUCUUCGGCACGGGCUCGAAGACCUCCGCGGGCCGCCUCACCCUGCCCUUCAACGCGCAGUACACCGAGCAGGGCCAGCAGAUCCGCAAGAACCUGACGGGCCGCAAGGAGCGUCUGAUGGUCGCGCUGGAGCGCGGCGUGGACGUGUCCGAGGUGCGCGGCAACUCGAAGAAGCACUUCAAGGGCAACAAGAAGCGGGCUAAGCAGAAGCGCACGGCGGCGGAGGAUGACGAUUACUGA